GAAGGAGAAACGGGGAGGGAAAGAGAGGGGAGUGAGAAUUGAAGGAAAGGAGAAAUUGAGUGUUUGGAGGAGGGGAAGGAAAGACAAUGGGAGAUUGAGAGAGGGGAAGAUAUUAAGAGGUAGUGAGGGAAAGACAAAGAGCUAUGUUGGCCAUGGUGGCAACAGUAAUGAAUUUGCAUUGUGGGCUCGCAGAAGAUGAAAAGGCCAAGGCACAGAAUUUAAAAGCACAGUGAGAAGAUCCCUGUAUUCAAGGUACAGAAUCAACAUUUGAUUUUAACCCUCGGAUUGCUGAACAGAACUUGCCUUGGUGUCAUUAUGUCCGAUCCAAGUGAGUGGAUGGGGCUGCCCAGCUACAAGAGCCAUUGUGUGACAGGCUCCUUGCUCCAGCGUUCGAAAAGUUGCCGCAGUAACAGGAAGAGCCUGGUGGUGAGUUCAGGGUCUCCCAGCCUCUCUCGUCCUCUCUCUCCACUCUCUCUACCAGCAGCUGGAAGCCCGCUGGACAGUCCAAGGAAUUUGUCCACCAGUCCUGCUCUCAACUUCCCCUUCGCACGCAGGGUGGAUGGCCGCCGCUGGUCCUUGGCCUCGCUCCCAUCGUCUGGAUAUGGAACCAACACUCCAAGCUCAACCCUGUCUUCCUCCUCCUCCUCUCAGGAGCGGCUGCACCAGCUGCCAUUCCAGCCCACUGCAGAGGAGCUCCGUUCCCUCUGCAAGCACUUCCGCAGCACUGACAGCGUCGGCGAUGACGAGGGCUCUCAGUCACCCACCACCCGUCCUCGAUCCCGGAGUCUCAGCCCUGGACGCUCUUCGCUUUCCUUCGAUAAUGAGAUUGUGAUGAUGAACCAUGUUUAUAAAGAACGGUUUCCUAAGGCGACUGCUCAGAUGGAGGAGAAACUGCAGGAGAUCAUCAGCAGCUUCUCGCCAAAAGCUGUUUUGCCCCUGGCCGAUGGGGUGCUGGGAUUCAUCCACCAUCAGAUCAUUGAGCUGGCCCGGGACUGUCUGGACAAGUCACGGGAGGCCCUUGUCACUUCACGCUACUUCCUGGAGUUACAGGAAAAUCUGGAGAAGUUGUUGCAUGAUGCCUUUGACCGCUCGGACAGUGAGGAGGUGAUGUUCAUUACUCAACUGGUGAAGAAACUGCUGAUGAUCAUUGCUCGACCGGCUCGCCUGCUCGAGUGUUUGGAAUUUGACCCUGAGGAAUUCUACCAUUUACUGGAAGCAGCUGAGGGUCAUGCAAAAAUUGGACAAGGGAUAAAGACUGAUAUCCCUCGAUAUAUCAUUAGUCAGCUGGGAUUGACAAAGGAUCCACUCCAUGAAAUGGUUCAGCUGGACAGUGCUACCACAAUCUUCCCAAAUACAGAUGAGUCUCAGGAUCAACGAGCUGGAUCAAUUCCACUGCGCAGAAUACCUACCGAGAGUGACUUUGAGACGAUUAAGCUGAUCAGUAAUGGAGCAUAUGGGGCUGUCUAUCUGGUCCGACAUAUAGAAACAAGACAACGAUUUGCCAUGAAGAAGGUAAAUAAGCACAACUUGAUCCUGAGGAACCAAAUCCAGCAAGUCUUCGUUGAGCGAGACAUCCUAACAUUCGCUGAGAACCCAUUCGUUGUCAGCAUGUAUUGUUCCUUCGAGACCAGGCGCCAUCUGUGCAUGGUGAUGGAGUAUGUGGAAGGUGGAGACUGUGCAAAUCUCCUGAAGAAUAUUGGUCCCCUGCCAGUUGACAUGAGCAGAAUGUACUUUGCAGAAACAGUUCUGGCCUUGGAAUAUCUCCAUAACUAUGGCAUUGUUCAUCGGGACCUCAAACCAGACAACCUGCUGAUCACUGCGAUGGGUCACAUCAAGCUGACUGACUUUGGCCUCUCGCGGAUUGGACUUAUGAACCUGACCACCAACCUCUACGAGGAUCACUUUGAGAAAGAUACCCGGGAGUUCAUCGAUAAACAGGUUUACGGCACCCCUGAAUACAUUGCCCCUGAAGUAAUUCUCCGGCAAGGAUAUGGCAAACCUGUAGACUGGUGGGCCAUGGGGAUCAUUCUGUAUGAAUUCUUGGUUGGUUGUGUCCCUUUCUUCGGAGAGACUCCGGAAGAGCUGUUCGGGCAGGUGGUCAGCGAUGAAAUAAUGUGGCCAAGUGAAGAUGAGGCCCUUCCUUUGGAAGCCCAAGAUCUCAUCAACAGGCUCCUGAGGCAGAAUCCACGCGAUCGCUUGGGCACUGGUGGGGCUCUUGAGGUGAAACAGCAUGCCUUCUUUACUCGGCUGGACUGGAACGGGUUACUGCGCCAGAAGGCUGAAUUCAUCCCUCAGCUCGAAUCAGAUGAAGACACCAGCUACUUCGACACUCGCUCGGAGAGGUACCAGCAUUUAGCUUCCGACGAGGAAGAUGACACCAAUGACGAAGAAUCUUCUCAGGAGAUUCGACAGUUUUCGUCCUGUUCACACCGCUUCAGUAAGGUUUAUGGCAGCUCUGAGCAUUUGGCAGCUUCUUUGAGUUCGAGCCAUGAAACAGCAGACCCCAGAGAGGAGGCACAGGAGCGAGUAUGUAAGGGCAGCCCAAAGCACUCAGUCAGCAGAUCUGGAGCAUCUUCAACCAGUUCCCACUUUGACCGAGCUGACAGUCCCAGUCGUGGUCCUGCUAGCUCCGACACCGUGCCCUGGUUUGCAUUCUCCACAGAGGAUGAAAGUGAGCUUUGUGCUCUCAGCCAUCGAGUGCCAUGCCCAGAGAGGCAAGACCAGUUGGACGCAUCAUCAGAUAUUGAGUCAAACAGACCAAGAGCCAGAACAUACUCAGAUGUUCUCGCCAGCAAUAUUAAUCUCAUGCGCGUACGCAGCAACAGUGUGGAUCACAGAAGUUCCACUCCAAAAGCACGGCUCUCAGGUCAUAAACUCGAGGAUCACUCCGGAACUUUAGAGAACAGGCUGACUCCAGGGAGGACAGUUCCAAAAUCAGCUUCCAGUGGAGCACUGUCACUUCUAAUCUCACCUGAGCUUGCCCGUGGGCCCCUGGUUGGUGCAAUUUCUCAACACUCCCUUUCGUCAAAUUCCUCGUCCAGGGAUUCCUCUCCAAGUCGCGAUCAUUCACUAAAUAUCACAAGUCUGCGGCCUCCGAUAAUUAUCCACAGUUCUGGAAAGAAGUUCGGCUUCACUUUGCGGGCAAUCCCAGUCUAUGUGGGAGACAGUGAUGUGUAUACUGUACACCAUAUGGUCUGGAAUGUAGAGGAAGGAAGCCCUGCUCACGAGGCAGGAUUGAGCGCUGGUGACCUAAUCACUCACAUCAAUGGUGAAUCGGUGAUGGGACUUGUUCAUACGGAAGUGGUGGAGAUCCUCUUGAAGAGUGGGAACAAGGUUGUUGUCUGUUCCACCCCACUGGAGAACACAUCGAUAAAGAUCGGCCCUGCAAGGAAGACAAGUUUCAGGGGCAAGAUGGCUCGACGCAAGAAGCGGCAGCGUAAGAGAGAUGGCCAGGAAACAAGGAAAUCACGCCUCAAGAUUUCAAAGCAGCCGGCAGCACGGAACACAGGCCGAUGCCUUCCAUCGGGCUUGUAUCAGUCGUCUAGUGAAAGUGCUCCGGGAUCUCCCACUUGCAGUCUGUCACCAGGACCAGCAACUCCCUGUCGGAGCCCAGCACCAGAUCCGCACUCAGGGACCACCUCACCCCAGAGCAUCUCUCCUGGACAAAGUGCUCCAACCUCUCCAGCAGGAAACCUCAGGCCCUGCUCUUUGCAUGGGCUGGCCUCCAAGUCCAAUAGCCAGCGUUACAAAACUGGCCGACGGAAGUCCACCAGCAGCAUCCCACCCUCGCCUCUGGCUUGCACUCCGUCUCCAACACCCCAGGCAUCUUCACCACACCGUUCGCCCUCCCCUUUAUCCUGUGCCUCCAAGAACAUCCAAGCCUAUUCUGGCAAGACACUGUCCCCUCCAACUAUAGUGAGGCACUUGGUGCGCCCUCGCAGUGUGGAAACGAUACGCUCGCCCCUGCUGAGACAGCUGCACUUGGGAGAGAGGUUAUCAGCUGUCUCUCUUGCUGAAAAGAAACAGUAUGGGUCAAAGAAGCAUCCCGAGUUGUCCCUCGGUGAAGGGGGAAGUGAAACCCUGCACAGUGAUUCCCAGAAUCUGGAUGAGCCAACCGAGCUCGAGGCCUCUGUUGAUCAACAGGGACUGGAAGAGACUGUGAGAACCCAGAAGGCCGAAGAAUGGUCAGUGCGGAAGUACAAGACACAUCAGGACACCAAGCCGAUGGGAAAGGCAAAGUAUCUUGAAAAGAAUCAUUCACUCCUGAGGCAAGAAGCAGUUGAAGAAGUGAACAUUGGUGAUGGGGCAACAGCCAUAGUUCAGCGGGAAAGCCCAAAGAUUGAGAGAGCCAGCAAAGAGGAAAAGGAAGUGUCGGAAAUCAACUACCCUCCGUGUAAAGGGACUUGGGUCGGGGCAGGAUUUGAUUCAGACCCAUGUCCUGGCCCAGCAGAAAGUACGUGCUGUGAUGAUGAAGGGUCCAACACUUGGAGACCACACUUGGUUCCAGGAAUUGAGGUUCAUAGGUCAGAGGUGAAAAAUCGGAAGUGGGGUGCUGUGGAUUGGCAAUGUCAGCCGACUCAUCCUAUUUCAAGCCUUUGCCAAUAUCCUGGCAGACCCAUGGGGGGUGUUGGAGAAGCUGAAGCUAACAACUCGAGGAAACAGGGAGAUCCGUUUCAGAUUUCAAAUCAACAAGACACGCCCUCUGAAAUGGAAAUGGUAGUGACUCCCAUGAGUGUUUCAUUGACUCCUGUUGGUCAUAAACAUCUCCAUUCUGGAGAUCACCAGUUAGAACUCCUGCACUGUCAGACUGAAGAUUUCUUGACAAUAAACGAAGAUCUAGUUCAGCCUGCGCUAAUGGUAGGUGCCAGCAGGUCCAGGUUUCGCAGAGAGCUAGAAGAAUGCAGAAAGGAGAAUUUUGCAUCUUCGGACACUGAAACACUGCGAAGCACGUCGGGAACAGUGGGCAGCUGUAGACAGCGUGCUCAGUCUACAACCUCCAAGCUGGAAACCAAAAAGGAACCAAAAGAAAGAAAGUGUUAAGAGAUUGGCUUUCAAAAUCCACAGCAGCCUGACUGAAAGCACUGUUAUCAAAGUGGAUUAAAAUAUUGAGUCAGUGUGUACGUGUGUGUGUGGGUGUGUCUGUGCAGGUUGUUUGGGAGGUGCAAUGAAUGAUGGGUUACUGAACGUGUGUGUGUGCGCGUGUAUAUUGUUUGGGAGGUACAAUGAAUGAAGGAUUAAUGAACAUGAAAGCAUACUUUUAUAGAACACUUAUUUUACAGAAACAGUUAAACAUCUAUUCAGGAAAUCCCCAAACGCUGCUGUCAUGAGUCAAGAGGUGGAGGUAACUCAUUUACAACUAAAGACACUUGAAACAAUGCCAUAUGAUGGAGCACUUUGUGGGCUGUGCUUUUGAGGCACUACAGAACUGGAAUGCUGAGAGUGCCUGAAGCAUAAAGUGAAACUAUGGAAGAAUGAAAAAUCUACAUAAGUCUUCAUAAACAAAACCUGAAAUAAGCUCAGAAAGUGCAAUUAGCUGCGUAAAGUGAUCACACAAGCCAUGUGCUCCGUGAGCCCUGAAAGCAGGGGAAGUGGUUGCUUCCUCCAGCUUGUGUGCUGACAUGUUCUUUUGAACCCCAAAAAUCUUCAAAGAAUAGAACAAUCACCAGUUGAAUUUGUCACGGGAAAGAUUUCAGUAUCUUUCACCGUAUGAGUUAAGCGAUCAAACUGCCCUUGUUACAUCCUACUGGAAAAAGUGAAAUGUUAUUGGGUGAGAUUUGGUAGGAAUAAAAAAAACACACUUCUCUACGCCACCUUCUAUACCUUAAAGCAGGAGUUCCCAACCUUUUUUAUGCCAUGGACCAAUACUAUGAAGCAAGGACCCCAAGUUGGGAACCCCUGCAUUAAAGAAAUCCCAAAGUGAAAUUCAACCGUUAAAUAUUUUGGAAUUAAGUCAGUGUGUAAUUUGGAAGCUUUUACACUGUACCUAACACACAUUGUCUCUGCCUUGGGAGUGUCUAACAGGACACUACAGAGGAAGCUUUACUCAGUUUUUAACCCUUGCUGUACUUGCACAGGAGUGUUAGUUUGGAUGAACUGAAGCAUCUUUGUUGUAACUGGAACAUUCCUUAAAACACAUAGUGAAUGUGAAGCCAUUGUCAUUUACCCUUGAGCUCAGUUCAAUCCAAGCUAUUGCAAUGUUAUUCUAGAUUUUGCUUUCUUGGGCAUGAGGAUUCAGUGAACAAAGUGCAUUCCUUUUGUCUGUGUUACUGGGUAGAUGAUGCCAUUUAAUUGGUCUUAUGGAUAUAGGGAUUGUAUUUUCAGUUAAAGCUAACAUUUUCAACCAAUGCUUGGCAUGGGACCAAAGUGGAGGCUAUGGGUUGACUCGUACGUCCAUGGUAGCUAUUGGCUUUAAUAACCAUUCAGUACAGUUUAGGCCAGAGAAGUUCUGAUGCCCAUAUAUACAGUGCAGUCACCAGCUUCCAGAUCAGCUGCAGACUCAUCCUACUGACCAAUACUAGUUCAAGUGUUGUGUAGCUGCCAGUUUAAGUUGAGCACAUUUGUGCUGGUGGGACUCACGUCUGAAUGAAAACAUCUGUUAGUUGGCAGGCCACGUUAUUCCUAAACAAUCCUCAACCAUAUCUGCCAAGCAGAUAGUCCAUCUUGGCCUCCUCAUGAGAUUUCUACCAUCACAGAAGCCGACUUUUAGCCAACUUAAUUCACUCCAUGUGACUUUAACAAAUUACUGAUGUAACUGAGGGUACAGCCCCUGAGAACACCUGGCUGUAAAACUAGAUAUGUGUGCUCCACUUCUAACCAUGUUAUUCCAGUACAGUGACUGCACUGGCAUGCACCCAACAAAGUGGACAUUCUCUGGAUGGUUUCAACAGGGCUGCCAUCAAUAUUCAUAGCCUGCUCACUGAUGCUGAGAUUGGCUUCCAUCAGAACCACUUGGCGCUGGACAUCAUCGUAACUCUGUUCUGGUCAAUUCUCCAAUGUAUCUAGAAAAUGGUUAUGGUGCUUGGAAGCUACUGAUCUCAGUCACACAAAAUUGUUGCAGAAAUCCCUCAGGGUAUCCAUGGCCCAGAUACCUUCAGCUGUUUCACAAACUGAGAUCAGAAUUGGGGAUGUUUAUUGAUGGUUCCAUUCACAACCCUUUUCCAACCAGCAAGAUCUGGUCAAUGUUCAGGCACAGACCAUUAAGCAACAGGUAACUUUCUGUCAUACUUCCAGAUAAUAACCAUUACCCAUAAGAGAAUGUGUUUAAUGGUAUUACUGUCACUGAAAUCCACAAUUUCAACAUCCAAGAUGUCAAUAUUGACCAGAAGAUAAUGUGGACCAGUUAUUUACAUAUGGCUGUACAAACAGGUCAGGAGUUGCUUGUCCUGUAGUGACUGCUCACCUCCAGCCUUCCCAAAGCCAUUCCACCCUCAACAAAACUUGGGUCUGGAGAGUAAUGGAAAACUCCCUACAGCUCUAACAACAAUCACAGAACUCAACACUAUUCAGAAUCAAGCAGCCCACCUGAUUAGCUCCUCAUGUAUUACCCUGAAUAUUCUCUCACUACACUAGAUGCAGUUCCAUCUACACAAUGCACUGCAGAUAUUCGCCAAGAUUGUCCCAGCAGUACAUUUCAAAACUUUAAUCUCUGCUCACUAAAGCAACAGGCAUCAGAUACACAAGAUCAUUUCCAGGUUCCACUUCACCCUGGAACUCUUGACUAACAGUGUGGAUGAACUUUCACUGAAAGAGCCACAGCUUUCUAGAAAGCAUUCCCUCAAGUGUAUUAAAGAUGGGCAAUAAUUUUUAGCUUUACCAACAAAGGCCAUAUCCUGCAAGUGAAUAUCACAGGUCUUCAACUAUGAUACUGAGUGUAGCUAUUCCUUAAGAAUUUUGACAAUUGCAAUUAAAGGUUUAUGGAAAAUCUUCUAAUUUCCAAAUGCAGUGGAUGGAGAUACAGAGCUGUGUCCCAGAGAAUCUCCUUUCACUUUUGGUUAUUCAGCUUUGACCAGUUUAUAAUGUCUGACUGGGUUCAGUAAAGAAGAUUUUAAGCAUGGCACAAAUUACAGUAACAAAUAAGCAUUGCAAUUUUAACCGUAUAGCAGCUUUCUUUGUGCAAUCUUGUAAUGUUCAGUGUUGAAAUCUUUGCUCUCCAAGUGUUCCACUUGUUCUCAUUGUUUCUUUGUGAAUUUUAAAAAUAAAGUUUGGCUUUUUAUA